CGGUAAAUAGUGGUGACAUCACGCCGCCAAGAUGGCGGAGGGGGAGGACGCGGGCUGGUGGCGGAGCUGGCUGCAGCAGAGCUACCAGGCCGUCAAGGAGAAGUCCACGGAAGCUUUGGAGUUCAUGAAGCGGGACCUGGCUGAGUUCACUCAAGUAGUGCAGCAUGACACAGCCUGCACGAUCGCUGCUACAGCCAGCGUGGUCAAGGACAAGCUGGCAAGGACAGAAGGUUCCUCGGGUGCAACUGAAAAGGUGAGGAGGGGGAUCUCUGACUUCCUGGGUGUCAUCUCGAACACAUUUGCUCCCUCCCCGGAUAAGACCAUUGACUGCGAUGUCAUAACAUUGAUGGCGACCCCCUCGGGCACCACCGAGCCCUAUGACAGUGCCAAGGCUCGCCUCUACAGCCUCCAGUCAGACCCAGCCACCUACUGCAACGAACCUGACGGCCCUGCUGAGCUCCUUGAGGCCUGGCUCUCUCAGUUUAACCUGGAGGAGAAGAAAGGGGAGAUUGCGGAGCUGCUGGCAACCAGCCCUUCCAUCCGGGCUCUCUACACCAAAAUGGUCCCUGCGGCUGUUUCCCAUUCGGAAUUCUGGCAGCGCUACUUCUACAAAGUGCAUCGCCUGGAGCAGGAUGAAGCCCGGAGGGAGGCUCUGAAGCAGCGAGCGGAGCAGAGCAUUCACCGGGAGGAGCCGAGCUGGGAAGAGGAUGAAGAGGAGUUCUUGGGGAUGUCACCCCUGCCUUGUGCAAACGUCACAUUGCCAGCAGCAGCAGAGAAAGAAUGUGCCCCUGCAGCCCCGGAGGGAAGGCACCCCACUGCUCACAAGGGACCCUCAGAGGAGAGCUGGGCCGUCCUCCCUCCGGAGUCGGCCCCAGCAGAGGGGAGCCCCUCUGAGAGCAGUGAGAGCAUCUCCCUUGUGACUCAGAUUGCAAACCCUGCCUCUGUGCCCGCUGCGCAGCUACAGACUGGAGCUGUACAACCAGCCGGGGCCGGAGACCUCUCCCAGGAGCUGGUGGAGGCCACCUCGGAAGAGCAGAGCUCCCUGCCAAAGCCCCCAGACCCUGCUCAUCGUUCUGCACCUACCCGGGAAUCAGCAGCAUCCUCAGAGCAACCGGCUGCUACCGAGCUCAAAGAGGUGGAGAGCAAAGCCCAGGCCAGGACAGAGACUCUGAAAGAGGAAGGACCAUCAGAUCUCCGAGUCUUCGAGCUGAACUCGGAUAGUGGGAAAUCCACUCCCUCCAACAAUGGCAAGAAAGGCUCCAGCACUGACAUCAGUGAGGACUGGGAAAAGGACUUUGAUUUGGACAUGACUGAAGAAGAGGUGCAGCUGGCACUCUCGAAGGUGGAAAUGGCUGGGGAGCUGGAAGAUGAAGAGUGGGAAGACUGGGAAUAAAGCAACUGCUUCCAGUGUGUGUCACAGGCUCAUUUCCACCAUCGACUGUGAAUUAAAUCACGGACCGGCUGUUCCUUUGUGUGUGACUGUGCUGGGGAUUGCCCUUCCAGGCUGGAGGAGUUUCAUUCCUGCUAAAUCCUGUGGGCAACUCAAGUGACCCCUUCAGACCUGGAUGAGGAGGAGGAGGAAGCAAGAGUUCACUCAUACACUUAGCUGCUAGGGAGCCCAUCUUCUCAGUAGGUCCUAGAGGCUGGCCAAGCCAAACUGACUGCCCCGGCUAGGGGCAGAUGUGAUGCAGUGAGGGGUCCCGGGUGCUCGGGUGCCUGGCAGGGUGCUUGCUUGUGUGUGUGUGUGCACGUCAUCUGCAGCCCAGCAGCUCAAAGGCUCUUGGAUGCAAGCUGUGCCUGCUCCCUCGUGCUCUGUGCUGCUCCAGCCCAGCCCUGGAGAACAUUCCCUGCACGGGUGCUGCACGGCUGGAGGUGCCGCAGGCUCAGCCCCUUCUGCUGCCACUCGUUGCUGCAAAGAAAGGCAGUGGGUUUGUGGCUUUGACCCGGAGCUGGGCCGUGCUGGAAGGAGCCAAACUCCCCGCCAAACCCUCAGCUUCUGCCUGGCUUUUUGUCUUGGAAGCUUUUUCUAAUGGGAACUCCCCUUUCCUGGUGUAGGAGCAGCAGCUCCUCAAAGAGCCAAGGCCUUGCUGCUUCCCCCUGCACUGCCUUCCUCUACUGGGAUUUGUGUCCUCCUUGUUAAAUUCCUCAAGCAAACUACUUGUGGCUUGCUCUUCACUUGAGCCCCUCGGGCAGGCAGCGAUUUGGGCUGCCCUGAGAGCAGAACCCUUCCCUGUGGUGCCCAGUUUGGGGUGCACAGCCCCCGCCUGGCCCUUGGGGAUGGUGGUACCUGUGGGCUGAGGCUGUGUCCACUCCUCCAGCUCCCCUCGUGUCCCACCGGGGUCACAAGCUUUGCUGUGCUCACUCGGGUUCCUUCACUCAAGCCCUCUGUGACCGCUUGCAGUGCUUCUCUCUGACCCACAGCCUCUCUUUUUGGGGAAGUUCCCUUCUCAUGUCCUGAGAUGCUCCUCAGUGGAUGUUGCUAAUACCCAGUUAUCCCACAGGGACGGAGCCCUUGCUGCUGCCCCUGCCCUUUGGGGGGUGGUUUUAUACAUGCUGCCUUUGUCCUUCUGCCCCUUCCAGGGCUGCUUGGUUGGAGCUGUGCGUUUCCUGCUGGUUUAAGGUACCAUUAACCCAGGUACACUUGGAAGAGUUGGGGUUUUGGGGUUGGUUUGGGGGUUUUUUCUCCCCUUUAGGGUUGAUUCUCAAGCGCAGCUGCCCGAAGGCUUGCAUCGGUGGCAGCGGUGCCUUUGGGCACUUACAUGAGAGCACGUUUGUCCUGCAGAACCCUCGAGGGCUGGAGCUGAGCUACAUGGGGUGCACGGUGGGGCUGGCAGAGCCUCCGGUGCCUGGCCCCAAAUGUAGCUGUAGCAGGAAAACCUGCCAUGGGUGGGUGACAGCAGUGGGGUGUCAGGGUGCAGGCUCAGGCCUCUGCUCCCCAGGUUUGAUGUGAGUGGUGGCUGCAUCCCCGCCCGGCAGCACAGCUCCGAGCAUGCCGUGCUCUCCUCUGUGUCACUUCUGGUUUGCUCUUCUUUAGUCCAAUUAACCGUUGGGUUGUCUGUGCAAUAUUCUCUGUUCUCAAGUAUCCCGCGUCUCCCUGAGCCUUUUCUAGCUGGGGUGAGAACCAGGAGCAAUUCUAACAGCUGGUAGUUUUGUAACGAUGACUUUCUCCAAACCUUUUGCAGUUAACAGCAAUUAAAGGAAUUCUACAGAG